UCCUGUCAUCGCCCUCCCAAGUGUCAGUCAACAUGGAUGAAUCGAAACUCCAUGAAAGAAUUCGGCUUGCUAUAGACGAAUUCCUUCUUUCAGAAAACACCACUACAGAGGCAAAAGAGGCAUUGCUUCGUUAUGCAGAAGCGCGACCACGUCAUGCGAAUCCGGACCCCAUCAUUCCUACCGAAGAAGUGAGAAUCAGACUGGAGCUGAUUGCCAAGCUUGAGAAGACGAUUAACACACCAACUGGCGCAUUUGCGUCCGACGCUGAUGGAGGCUUCCAAUUUACGCAUCUCCAGCUGUCAUAUCUUAUUUUGAUACCCUUGGAGUUUCUACGCCGCCUCAGCCAAGAAUCUUACACAUUAAGGCAUCCAUACUACACCAUAGAUUCUUACAUAUCCUUUAGUGAUUAUUUUCACCCUCACCCUCCCCUACCCCCCCUUUUAGCAAUGAAUGUUUGCUGACUUUUUUUUUUUACUCCAGUGGUGCGAGGUAGAAUGCCUGGAGAAAAAUCGACUCAGAACCAAACAGCCUCCCAAGCCUCACGGGGCGGUAGUCUCCGUGGAAGAGGUAGCCAACGUGGAGAUAGCCGGAGUCGAAGUAGCCAGCGCAAAAGUAGCGAUGGCGGCACGGAUACCAAGAGUGUCAAUCGAAACACCAGAGAGCGCGACAAAUGUUUUGCCAGGGAUGGUGGAGUAUGCAUCCUCACAGGAGCUGCUUACCCUGAAGUCUGCCACAUCAUCCCUUUUGCGAUUACUGCAAGUGCGGCAAGCAUAUCUCAGUGUCACUUUUUUGUCCCUGCCGUAGAAGGUCUACUGGGCGGCGAAGAUGCACAAUCGUUCCAUGAACUUCUUCUUUUGGCGCCAGGUUCUUCUGACAAAUCUUGGAACAUGCUCUGCUUGCACCCUACUCUUCAUUCCUGGUGGGGUAAAUGUCUUUUUGGAUUGAAGUUCCAUGGGAUCAUUCCUUCACUUGAGAAUGAGAAUUGUAUCUUUCAAUUGCAAUUCCAUUGGCUACCCAGGACCGGCAACAAUCCAGCAGAAAGAAUUAAAGUAGACAACGACGCUAUCGCGAGAAUGCUUCAGACAAUCCAACGAGAGCAGGAUAAAGGUCUCAUCAUGGAGUCAAGGAAAGAAAACUGCCGCCCCAUCGAAACUGGAGACGUGUUCAGCCUAGUCAUGGCAAAAGAAGAUGCUGCUAAGAUGAAAGUCAUGAUCGAUAUCCAGUGGGCAAAUGCAAAACUUGCGGCGAUUUCUGGUGCCGCGGAUUUUUGGGAGCCUCCGGCCGGAUAUUCCAGCGACCCUGACGUCGAUCCCUCUGACCAUGUUGCAGAUUGGCUUGAAACUCUUCAGCCUCCAGAGACUUUACCUUAGGAACAUGGAGUUUCUGGUGCGCUGGAGAAGAGUGAGCCCAAGCUACCGGCAUCAGAGAGACAGAAUGUAUUGAUGCCAAGGAACAUUUCACCAUCACGACCCGAGGGUAGUUCUCAAGGGAAGGCUAAAUCGCCUGAGAAGACGUCGCUAGAGAAGACUAUAUCAUUAGUGGAGGCACCCCAAAAGCUGUCGACUAGGCUCAAAGUGAAGGAGAAUUUGUCGCCUGGGAAGGGUCCCUCUAGCAGUUAAGGUCAGAUAUGUUGCAUGUCGAUAGUCAAUAUAAAGCUUGAUGAAAUCGGUUUCCAAGACGCCGCCGCGUA